AAACAUAUCGGUUCAGUUUGAUUCGACGCUUACUUCGAUGCGCAUUGUUCUUAGUGUACGGGAGGAACGACCGGUCGAUAAGAGAAGACGAGAGGUGCGUCUUCGAAGCGGGCAGUCAGUGAAUUACCACUGCUGACCGGAACGCGGUAUUCGGGGGCGGUGAAGGUGUGCCGCUGGUCAACUUUGUUAUUUAUUGGCUCGCUUACGGUGCGAGUCGUUUCAUACCUUCCCAUCUGGCCAAGCUGAUAAUAGGUCAAAGAACAAUUAAAAACAGUACUAGCGAAAAAGCUUUGGUGUACAGUAUCCAGCGACCUUCGCGACAAGUGUGGUGUUUCAGGUGCAUUCGGUUGCCGUCUGGUAGUGCAAUAUGAAUUUUGUUUGGUGUCUAGUCAGCAUUUGGUUGCUCGCCAGCCCUAAGGUCUGGUCGUAUAUAGUAGAACCCGGUCCAGUUGUGAAGGCUACGAAAGGUGAAAUUUGGCCUAAGCCCAAAACUCAGGAAACAUUCCAACGGUAUUAUGCAAUCAAACGCCCUACGUUCCAUUUCCAGACUGCCAACUUAACCUGUGAUAUCCUAGAUAAAGCCAUUGAGCGCUACCAAACAUUGAUCUUCGAUGUAGGUAAGGAUGUCCGGAGAACAGCUUUCAGUGCAUCGUCGAUUAACAAAAGGUCCCCAAAAAAAUCCUUCCGCUCGGAUAGGAACUUCAGUGGUUAUCUGGAAGAAGUGAAAAUUGAUUUAAAGGCACCAUGUGAAACGUUGCCACAUCUGCGCAUGGAUGAAUCAUAUGAAAUCUUAAUCAACGUUGCCCAAGCCAGUAUUGAAUCGUACUCCAUCUGGGGUAUUCUGAGGGGUCUUGAGUCAUUCUCGCAGAUGGUUGUGCUGUCAGAUGAUGGAAGCGUGCUUCGCAUCAAUGCUACCACCAUAACGGACCGUCCACGUUUUCCACAUCGCGGUCUUCUGGUCGACACAUCGCGACAUUUUAUUUCGGUGUGUACCCUGGUGAAAAUCCUGGACGGCAUGGCAUACAACAAACUAAACGUAUUCCACUGGCAUAUUGUUGAUGAUCACAGUUUCCCUUAUCAAAGCCGAGUCUAUCCGGAACUGAGCGCCAAAGGUGCCUACCAUCCAUCUAUGGUUUACACUCCAGAGGACGUGCAGAAGGUUAUCGAAGAAGCACGCUUGCGUGGAAUUCGUGUUAUGACCGAGUAUGAUACACCAGGACAUACCCGUUCGUGGGGUGUUUCUCAUCCUGAACUACUCACCAAGUGCCACGACCAGUACGAGGGAAAAUUAGGCCCGAUGGAUCCUACGAAAGAGUCAACUUAUACAUUUUUGUUCAAUCUGUUCCAAGAGGUGAUCAGCGUGUUUCCUGAUCAGUAUGUUCAUCUCGGAGGCGAUGAGGUAGGGUUUGAGUGUUGGGCUAGUAAUCCGGAUAUCAUAGAGUACAUGAAACAGAACAGAUUGUAUUCGUUUGAAAUGCUGGAGGAGAAGUUUAUUCAAAGAGUGGUGGAUCAGAUUGACGCUCUGAAUAGAAGUUCGCUUGUGUGGCAAGAGGUAUACGUCAACGGAGUGCGGCUUCCCGAUGGAACUGUAGUGCAUGUAUGGACCGGUAACCGACAAGAUCUCCUCCAUAGAAUAACUCUCGAAGGACUGCCAGCGUUAUUAUCAUCAUGCUGGUAUUUGGAUCAUUUGUCCACUGGGGGAGACUGGCGAAAGUUCUACAACUGCGAUCCGCAUGAUUUUGUCGGAACUCAGACACAAAAGGAUCUUGUUUUGGGUGGAGAAGCUUGCAUGUGGGCAGAAGUUGUCAACGAUCAUAACAUUUUGCAGCGCAUAUUCCCUCGGGUGUCCGCGACUGCAGAAAAACUGUGGUCACAGGAGGACGUCAAUGAUGCCGAUGAGGCUGCUCGUCGGUUGGAGGAGCAUGCAUGUCGUUUGAAUCAGCGAAACAUUCCGGCUCAGCCCCCGAACGGACCUGGUGUUUGCUUGUGAUGCGCUUGAGGCUACUAUAAAAAAUACAACUACAAUUAGUUAAAAUUUA